AUGCUGCCCAAAAAGCUUUUACGACGCUGUCUUAAAGUUGCAGCGACCCAGUGUGCCGAGCUCGGCCUUUCUGACUCAGAUGGGGGACACGGUGACGACGACGCACUACCGGGGGACUCCCGGGGCUCCUCCUCACUUGUUUGCUUACCAGGCGGAGAUUUUGGACGAAUUAGGGCAACAGCUGGAAAAGGGAACCCCUUCUCUACCCUUGUGGAGGAGAUCCUCACGGUGAACGACCUCGUCCUCCUUAACGCUCGGCAGGCCGUCCAAGCCUGCGGGUGCUCUAUGGCACUUUCUGUGGUGGAAGAGCGCAUGCUCUGGCUUAACCUGUCAGGCCUUCCUGACAGUGAGAAGCGGCGCAUCGCGGGCGCGUCAGUAGAGCCCGGCCGGGCUCUCUUCGGCCCCGCCGUCGCAUUAAUGCAACAACGGUGUGACGACAAAAAGAAGGAGGACGAGGCCUUCAAGUUAUGCCUUCCUAGGAAGGCGGCCCCACGCCAGGCACCCCCUGCGCGACGUGGACGCGCCCCUCAGGGUAGAUGCACUGGCCCACCCGUGGCCCAGAGUGCUGCUGUAUGCUUUUCCUCCCCUGUGGCUGAUAAUUCCUACACUGGCCAGGGUGAGAGAGCAGGGCCUGUCUCUCAUUCUGAUAGCAAGACCCAGGUGGCCCAAAGCACCAUGGCUGGCGGAGAUAAUAUGCCGAGCCGUGGCGCCUCCCCCCCGCCGCACAGAUCUAUUGUCCCAAGCGAACGGGGAGAUUUAUCACCCGCACCCGGACAGGGUGGCUCUUUGGGCUUGGCCCGUGAGAGGAUGAACCUAAGCGCACUGGGGCUUUCGCCGCGUGUGAUUGCUACUAUACAGAAUGCCAGGGCCGUUUCUACGCGAUCCUUGUAUGGCACUAAGUGGCAAGUGUUCGAAGGGUGGUGUGAUGGGCGUGGCCUCACAUCUUAUCAGUGCUCAGUUCCUGAUAUUUUGUGUUUCCUCCAAGACCUCUUGGAAAAAGGCAGGUCUUUUUCCACAAUUAAGGUCUACUUGGCUGCUAUUUCGGCCUGUCAUGUGGGCUUUGAGGGCUCAACAGUCGGGCAGCAUCCUCUAAUCCGCAGAUUUAUGAAGGGUGCCCGUCGCUCCUUGCCAGUCGUCAGGAGAACUGUUCCUGAGUGGGACCUCUCCAUGGUGUUGGAGGCUCUGUCUCAAUAUCCUUUUGAACCCCUGGGAAGUAUUUCCCUAAAGCUGCUGUCCUUCAAGACAGCUUCGCUCUUGGCCUUGGCAUCAGCCAAACGUGUCAGUGAGCUUCAUGCACUUUCGGUUCAUCCCUCGUGCACUAAAUUCUCUCUUAGUGGAGAUAUGGUUUCCCUUAAGCCUAAUCCGGCUUUCAUGCCGAAGUGCUUCCCUGCGUUCACUUCGGAGGUGUUGGAGCUGUCCGCUUUUCACCCUCCACCUUUUUCCUCCCCGGAGGAUGAGAGGCUAAAUGCUCUGUGUCCCGUCCGUGCUUUACGGACAUAUAUUAACAGGACCAGUGCUUUCCGGAAGAGCGACCAGCUCUUUAUUUCAUAGGCACCCCCUCAUGGAGGGAAUCCUAUUUCUAAGCAACGCCUCUCACAUUGGCUUGUGAAUGCUAUAGCUUUGGCUUAUGAAUCAAAGGGAAUGCAGCCACCAGGGGACAUCAGAGCUCAUUCCACGAGGGGCAUUGCCACCUCUUGGGCUUUGUUUAGGGGAGUGUCACUGCAGGACAUCUGCUCCGCUGCCAGUUGGGCUUCUCCUCAUACCUUUGUGUGUUAUUACCGGCUGGAUGUCACCAGUAUCUCGGUAGCACAUUCGGUUUUGGGGGUGGGGUCUUCUUAGCCCUUCCCUGCGACCCCGUUGGAAGUGAUGAAGAAGGAGUGAAUGGGCCGGCUGGCCAUGCACAUCCCUGUCACUAAGCAUGUUUUUCCAUUCCUUUUCUGGGUGUAUUCAUAUGCACAUUGGUUAUCAUGUGUGUUAUGCUAACAUGUUUCAUGUGCUGCAUGUGCACAGCAGUCAUGUGGGUGCAUCAGUAUUGCAGGUUCAUGAAUA